AUGCGCACUGCCCGUCUGCGCAUUCGCAGGGAACGCCGCGUCCUAACAGCGUGGAUUCUGUGGCAACACGUGAACGCCCUGGCAGCGAGGGGCGGAGUCAGGGAAAACCCCUCUGCAACAGCCGGGACGCCUUCCUGCUUCUGCAAGCCUGCGGCGCGCACGCGCACAAGCACCGCGUCUCAUGAACGCGGACAACUCCCGGCGGCUCGACCCGCCGCGGCGGCCCGGGGAACGGCGGGCGGAGCGGCGGCCGGGUCGUACUCACCGGGCCGGGUCGCGCUGGAGGUUCGGCGGCUUCCAGUACCGCGGAGCGGGGGGCGGGGGUCAGUUCUGGUUCUGCUUCACCUUCUACCUCACUUUCAGACAGGCCCUCUGACGUCAGGGGGGUCCCGUCUCCGCCUCCCAGACGCGAGGGGGCGCUCUGCGCCGCGAGGGGGCUCCAGAUGGCCGUCUAUCCGGCAGUAUCUCCCCGUUUUCAGGGCCCGGGCGCCCGGCGGGAACCCCCCUGCUGGGCCCCGCCGGCCUCGGCUCAGCUCAGAGUUCAGGACUGACGGUUUUCCCGGAGGUUCCUUGUUGUCAGGUCACGUUGUAGCCCUCCGCCGCCACCGACCGGGCUUCCCCUGCACACGGCCCCGCAGCAGGGACCGAACAGCCGGGACGGGUUCCGGGGCGGCGCCCGGAGAACGCAGGCCUCUCCCGGUCCAAAACAUCCAGGAAAACCCCUUCCCUGCGGUUCCAAGGAACACUGCGAUGAAUUUACUUUCACAAACAUCCAGUUUGUUAAACCAACAGAGCAGAUCCGAACAGUGCAUAAAGCAUGUGAGAAAAAGCCGGCGUCACCUGGAGAAAGUUUGCUGCAGCGAAGGAAAAUGUCCCCGUUAAGAAGUCGGCGUGUGACAGCCGCCCACUUCCACGGCUUCCUGCAGACAGCAGAGUGGGACUCUAUGACUCACCUCUGCCAACUGCAGCAACUUUAAAUGCUACAUUUGAAUAUCGAAACUUUUUACUGAGCAGGAAGCAGCCGUGGCAGAGAUCUGAUUGGUGCGGCAGGGAGGUGGAGGACAGAGCUCCCCUGUGUGACAAUUAGCAGCAGCUGCAUUUAUAAAAGCAGAUUUAUAGUUUUUACAGCUCAGGGUGGAAUAUGCAGGAAGGGGUGUGUGUGUGUGUGUGUGUGUGUGUGUGGCCUAUUUGAUGUAUUGUACGGACCAUUUUCCUCACACACACUACGUUGUGGGGCCCGACUAGUCCUUAUGGGGCCCAAGAAGUACUGUUUGAAUUAAUUCUGGCUGCCACUCCAAGAUGUCACAAUGUUUUAGAUUUUGUGGUGCUUCUUUAAGAAUAAUCUCAAGGAUUUUUGCAAUAGUUUUUCCUCAUUAAAUUCUUUCAAAAAUCUUGCAAGCUAAGUAUUAAGUAAACCAACUAAAUAUUUAGCUUGAAGCUAUUCAACUCAGUUAAGUAUUUUUAUGAAAACAAAAGGUGCAUCUUGGGAACUUCUUAUAAACUUCUGCUUUCAAAUCUCUUCAUGUCAACUCUAUCAUUAAUAUUUUCCACUUUUAUGCAAGUAAAUUUGAAUAUUUACUAAAUCAUUAGCUCUGAAGUAGCUAAAUAUUUAGUUAACGCUGAGCAUUUAGUUGGUGGACUAGAUAUUAAGCUAGCUGGUAAAGUAGCUUGGUAAACUGGAUAGCGAAAUAUUUAGUUAUCUCAGAGCUAACUAAAUAUAGCUCUGAGCAUUUAGUUGGUGAACUAGUUUAGUAAAUAUAGCUAUCUGAGAGCUAAAUAUUUCAUUA